AUGGCGUCCCCGUCAAGACGCGUGCUUGGUGACAAGGACCCCAACGCGCCCAUCCAACACCUCUCCUCCAAAGUGCAAGGUAGAGUGUCACAACUUGCCAGUCCUGUCGCACAACGGAGCUCUACAAAGCGGCCUCGUUCCCCGGAGCACUUCCCCUCGAAUAGUCCUCGAACCGGCCAGAAACGGAAGAUUGGGGAGGUCCACGGCGAGGAACAAGCACAGUCCGAAGAAACAGUGGCAGCAUCAUUCCUCUCACAAACGACCGAGUUGCUGAGUGACACACGGUCCGAAGAUGAUGAGGAUAAUGUGCAGACCUCGAUGGCUCAGAGCAGUUCGACUCUGGCUACCGCGUUCACCACAUUCCGCGGCUCACAGGAGGAGUCGUCCCUGAUCGAGAGCGAGUUCCACAUUCAUGAUGAGCCGAGCCAGCAAGCCCUGGAUAAAAUGCACGCCGUUACCCUCACGCAAAGCACGUCUCAACUUGUCCCGCCUCUGCGGCCCAGUCUUGCCAAAGAAGCAUCCCAAGUCAGCUUGAGCAUGUCCAGCCUCAUCGACUUUGACACCAACCGCUCGUCGCAAGACGAUGAGAUGCAAAUGAUUGAGGAAGUCGAGACACUUGCCCAAAAGCCCAAGGCAGAGGAGGAUGCCAGGAAGCAGAUGAUGCUCGAGAAAGCCGAAACUCUGCGGACUCGACUACAACUUGCGCUGUACAAAAUACAAACCAACCAGAUUACAAAACCAUUCAGUCGUCUUCAAGUUCCCCGAAUCACGUCCCCUCCGCCACGACUAUCUAAACCUUCUUCACCACAUUCUUCCUCGACUGUGCGACAGACCCCGGCACCAGAGAGCUCGGCUGAUCAAGAAGCACGUGUCGCUGUGGCUAGAGCUUGCGCGACCAUGGGGCCUAAGCCGGCUGUCAAACAGCUCUCCAGCUUGCCUAUGCCAGAGAUAGUCCCGACCGCUUUCUCAGCGAGAUGGAAUAACGAAGUCAACGCCCAACAAGAGAGUCAGAGUAGCUUGAUACAACCAUCCCAUGUCCCAAGCAGCCCUCCUCUGUCACAAGCAGAUCAUACUCCUGAGCCCUCUUUCAUUGAGGCGAAUCUGGAUGCCAAGCAGAGCACACCUUUACAGCUGUCUAGCCCGGCUCCUAGUCCGCGUGGAGAGGAUGAUGACGGUCGAUGCAACCCCCUCCCAGUCGCUGGUCUCGCUAGCAGCGUGAUCCAAGGCGAGGCUGCAAACAGUCUGCUGGACCUCGUCCGAGGUGUGAGGUCUGGCGGAAUCGGGAUGUGCGGCGUAUGA